AGUAGGAUAGUUGCUCAUUUCGCGAUGUAGACGCUCACUAAAGUCGGAUUUUAUGAUAGUCCAAUAAAAAAAAAUCUUGAUAUUUUACAUACGUGCGUCCAGCGAAGCCAGCAGGUAUCAGCCAGUAUUUUUUUUAUUUAUACCAUUUCUACACAAGUAAACAAACCAAAACACAUUUCAUCUGAUAGCAGUUGUAGUGUUAGCAGUAAAAAUGUUCACUCGUACCGUCGCUCACAGGUCACGUAUUGGUCAACGUCCAGCUGAUCUAACCCAUAUGAAAAAAUAACGUUUUUUUUUUAAUUGAAGUGAAAUUUCUUUAUCAACGUAGUGGAAAAAAUUACUACCGCCAGGGCUGCAUGUUUAUACUAUUUAUUGUAAGUAUUUAACCUACUUAUCUUCUUCUACCUCUAUACAUAUAAUAAAAUGUAAAUAACCGAUGUCUAUACAUUUUAGAUUUAUAUAAUAAAAGUGAUUGUGAGGUACUAAAAAUAAGUAAUUAAAUACAUUUCUACCAUUUUUAGAAUUUUCUGUCUGUCUGUCUGUUUGUUUGUUAACGUAUCACGUAUAAAGUACCAAUUUAUAUCAUAAGAAUCGUUAAAGAAAUUAUAAAGUGUAUCUUCAGGUUAAAUUUAGUCUUUAUUUCAUUAAAAUUAGUUCAUUCCAUCAAAAGUUAUGAUAAAUAUUCUGAAAUAUGGGUACUAAGUAUAGGUACGAAUUUGUUCAAUAGUGGCGUUGGAUGAGUCAUCAAGUACAUUUAAAAAUUAAUAUCAUAUUAUAAAUCAUAAUUAAAUGAUGUAAAAUAAUGUUCUAUAAUGAUAUAAUUAUAUCUAAACGCAGUAAACAAAAGUAUUACAUAAAGAACGUAAUAAAUAUUGUAAAUAACAGCCCAGAUUUAAGACGUUAUUAAUGUUGAAUAUCCUUUAAGACGAUCUAUGUAGUUAUUUAAGUUUUAGUCACGUAAGCUUACAAUGGGGAUCCACACGCAAAGCUAAUCGUAGAGGGCACCAGCGGCGCCAUGGCUGCUGUCAAAUUGUUGUAGAUUAGUUUACAUGAGGAGAUUUUGCUUUUCUUUGUAUUGAAACUGGUUGACCAUCGAUCAUUUUAAGAUGUAUUGUACCUGGAAGCUUAAAGAAUUGAAAGACGAACUAAAAAAACGAGGAGCGAAGAUAACUGGAAAGAAAUCAGAUCUUGUUGAGAGGUAGGCUUGUAUCUACUAAAAUAUUAUACACCUGUAGACAUAUAUAUACAAGUUAAGGAUUUGGAGCUAGUUUUGUUUGGAACGUGUUAAUUAUUUCUUGAUCAAUGUUAGGAAAAUUUAGAGAACAUUACUCAAAUCAUAAAUGGUAUUUUUUGCUUUUAGGUUAGAAUCAUAUGACCGAAAUUUUAAUUUCGGCAAUCAAAGCCCUGUAGCUUCUCAAAGUCAAGCAAUUGAUGUUCCUGCUGUGGAACUUUACCAGGACGUUAAUAGCUGCACGAUAUUGCCAAAGAUUACCAAAAAACAUAUUCAAAGUUAUUUUGAUAGAUUCAAUAAAAAUAUCAGUGAUGCAGUAAAAUUGUAUGAAUCAAGAUACAUACUUAAAAGGUUUUUGCAAGGCAUCUAUGAAACAACUACAAUAUGAGGUAAACAUCAAAUUAAAUAAUGAUGGAAUGCCUGAAGAAGCAACAUGUGAAUGUGCAGCAGGAGAAGGCAAAGAAGCCCAUUGUAAACAUGUAGCUGUGGUACUUAUUGCUGCUGAAAAUAUUGUUAAGGAAAAAAUAAUACUGCUACAUGAAGUUACGACAUCACAACUUCAAACGUUUCAUAAGCCUACAAAAAAAUAUUAUGCCACACCAUUGCGAGCCUCCAGAUUGCCAUCCAAAAGGGAUUUACAUAACAUUGUUUACUCUCCAUAUUUAAAACAAAACCCUUAUUUUGAUAAAAAGGCAUUCCAAUGCAGGUUUCAGUCCCUGAUUUUAAAUUAUCCACUCUCAUCGAUGCCCCUUAAACAAUUAUUUCCAGCAGCUAACCAACGAGCAAUAUGUUUAGAUCAUAAAUAUAUGGAAAAAAGUGCACAGGAUGUUUUUUUAGAAUCCAUUAAUUUACAAAAUUUAACUGAAGAAAGAUUAGUGGAAAUCGAACUGGAGACUAGAGGACAAAGUUUCAAUCCAAAGUGGCAUGAGUAUCGACAAACGCACAUCACAUCAAGUAUAUUUCACACUGUGUGCCAUUUGAGAAGUGAAACUUUAGUAAAAUAUUGUAACCAAAUAUUAAAUAAAAAUCUAGUCCAAACAAGAGCGAUGGCACACGGGAUGAUUAAUGAAAAAGUAGCCAUUAAAAAAUAUAUGGAGAUUUAUGGGGUGGUUGUUGAAGAGUGUGGAUUAUUUUUGUCUCAGGAACGACCUUAUCUAGGAGCAUCUCCAGAUGGCUUACUAGGAUCGGAAACAAUAAUUGAAGUAAAAUGCCCUUAUGCUUCCAGAAACCAAGAAAUCGGUCCUCUUACAGUACCUUACCUACAAUUUGAUUACAAUGGACAACUUACUUUAAAAAAAACUAAUAUUUAUUACUAUCAAAUUCAAGGGCAAUUAUAUGUAACAAAAAGAAAAUUUUGUAAUUUAUUAGUUUUUACCUAUAAAAGUUUAAAAGUAAUAUUUAUUGAACGUGAUGAACAGUUCAUUACGGAUAUGUUGAGAAAACUUGAUUAUUUUUAUUACAACUUCUUUAAAAAUGCUGUAACCAACAAAUAUUUUUUUAAGGAUUAAGAUUUUAUAAUAUGCUAGGGCUGAAUCUGAAUGAGAGGGUGAGAAAUUGUGUGAUAAGAGAAAAGUGUGUUUUAAAAUGUGAUGUUGUGAACAGGAUUAAGAAAGAAAUUCUUUGGUGGUUUGGUCGUGUGGAAAGAAUGAACAAGGAAAGAGUGACAAAGCAAAUUUAUAUAACAGAUGUGAACAGCAGAGUCGGGAAGGGAUGCCCUAGACUAAGGUUUAUCGACCAAAUUGGAAAUAAAUUGAAAAUGGGCCAGAUUAACAGAACCCUUAACCAACGAGCAUGUAUGACUGUAUGUAUAUGGAUGUAAAGGAGGCGAGAGAGAGGUGUGUCAGGAUUGUGUUAAAUGGAAGUCCGUAGUCUCUGUUUACCCCUCUGGAUAACAAGCGUGUUUAUAUUGUUUUUUAAGAUUUUAUAAUAAACUAUAUGAACAGUUAU